AUGGAGCUGGUUCUACCAGAGAGUAUCGUUCAAAUGUCUGUGGGUACUGAAUACGUUUUAUUUCGAGCUGGCAGUGGUCAUGCUUGGAUAGCUGGAGGAGAUGAUGGUCGACGGGCCGGCAAUGUUUAUCCUGAAACUGGCCAAGUCCUUGGCUUGGAUGGAACACAUAUGGUGAGUUGUUAG